GGGAGACACAGGAGAAAGAGAGAGCGUAUGUUUUUGUUCUGGGGCAGAAAGGCGUUCUCCUGCUUCAGGAUGUUGCCUUUAAAGCUGAAGAAGUGGGUUUCCUGUGGAGGAAACGAUCACAGAAUAGACAAGGCUUGGUCGAGACACCGUGUUCCCAACAUUUCAUGAGUACAGGUCACCAAGCCUGCAGAGCAGGCAGCAAGUUUUAGCGGAACAAAGUCGGUCUCACAGCUUAGAGAGAUGUUGGUUUCCCCUGAUGGAUCCUGGAUGCUUUGAAGACUGGUGGACUGACAGCACAAAAUUUGAGCCUGACCUUCUCCACAGGAGAAUGCAUUUAUGAAUAUUAUACAAUGGACAAUGACAAGUAGAUGAGUCAAACUGAUAACAGCUGAGACUUUUUGUCUUUUCUUUUGCUUUGGGUGCAUGAAUGGGUAUUUCUGCAUCAACUCGUCAUCCUGCAAGUGUCAGUCCACGUCUGAGUGAGGUCUUCUCUAGUUUCCUAUGUCUGGUGUUUGACGAAUAGAGACAUGUCCAAUGACAGCUGCAACCUCCCAUUGGACACAGAUACAUUUGGCCUGACCUGUAUCUAUGGCCUGAUCUUCUCUUUGGGUCUCCCCAGCAACCUGCUGUCUCUCUGGGGACUGUACCAACUGGGUCGCUCAGGUGGGGGAGGCUGCCAGCUAGUCUACAUCCUCAACUUGCUGCUGUCAGAUCUCCUCCAGUUGCUCACCCUGCCACUGUGGAUCCUUUAUCUCCAGGGUGUGCACCGCUGGCCCUAUGGCCAGCUGACCUGUGAGCUGGUUGGCUACGUGUUUUACGUAAACAUCUACGCCAGCGUCAUGUUCCUAUGCUUAAUAGCGCUGGACCGCUGCCUGGCCAUCGUGUACCCUCUGAGCAGCCGCAGGGUGCGGACUGUCAGGGUGGCGGCAAUGUCAGGUGUAGCAGUCUGGACCCUCACCUUCCUGUUCUGUCUGAGUGGGCUGCUACCAUCAGUGUUUGACUCUGACAGACUGCUGUGUCUGGAGCAGUACCCUGUCAGUCCCACAUAUGCCCAUUUCAAGAUUGCCAAUGUGGUCCUUGGUUUUCUGCUGCCAUGUGCCAUACUAGGCUACACCUCAGCCCACAUCGGGGUGACACUCCGACGAUCACCUUCCCUCUCUGACCACGAGCGCCACAAAAUUGUGGGCAUCCUAGUCAUCAUCACCGUCAAUUUCAUUGUUGUCUUUGGGCCCUACCACCUCGUGGGCGGAUACAGGUUUGUGUCCUUUCUGCUUACUGAUGAGCCGUGUGGAUUGGAGCGUUCCAUUUUCCUUGUUUAUCGCCUGUGCUACGGUCUGACCAGCCUCAACACCCUGCUGGAUCCCCUCUUCUACAUCUUCCUGUGCCCUGAUGCUCGGCUUGAGCUGCAAAGGUCACUGCCCUGUUUGAGAAGGAUGCAAAACACCCGCAAAAAGAUGAACCUCAGUACCAGAGCUCACCCAGACACCCAGGGGGAGAGUGAAACGGGACAUAGUAAUCUUCUAGAAAUAUAACUUGAAUCUGAGCACAGACCUGACUCCUGCUGUUUAGUGAAACCAAUUGCACCACCCAGUGGAAAUUCAUGUGCUUGUGCAUGUGAAUUCAACUAUUACAGUUUUUAGUUUUAGUUUCUCAUUUAUAAUCAUCUAAAUCUUGAUUCAGAGGCUGAUUGUGUAGCAAAAACAUAUCAAAGUGCAAAGACUUGAACUUUUGCUUAAAAUAACGUCAAUACUGUAUGAUUAAGUACAAAUAUAAAAAGUCACUGUUUCAUAUUUGUCCAAAAUAAAAUCUUUUUUGAUGACCAAUAAUAUCCACUGUGCCUUCAAAGUAUAGACCUAUAAGAAUCUGAAAAACAACUUGAAAUUUGUCUGGAUAUAGUUUUAAAGAGACUGGCCUGU